AUGAGCUCCUCGCAGGAUCGCGUGGGCCGUAUAAUCCAACACAAGGAUUAUUACUUGCGUGGUGGCGACUUGAAUGUGUUGAUCGGGAACCAUCUCUACCGCAUACACAGUUAUUUCUUCUAUCGUGAAUCGUUAGUAUGGCGCCAGAAGCUAGAUGCCCCUCCCGAUAGCGGGGAACACGGUUCGACUGAUGCUUCCGCGCCCUAUACCCUCGACGACGUCAAAAGCGAAGACUUUGAGCGCUUCCUCUGGGUGAUCUACAACCCCCAAUAUUCAGUCUACGAUGCUCCCGUCGAGACAUGGUUGAGCAUCCUCAACCUCGCUCAUCGAUGGAACUUCUGCAACAUCAAAGACCUCGCUAUUCGUCAGAUUGAGACACUCGACAUCGAACCCAUUGAAAAGAUCGUGGCAUAUCACGAAUAUAAGAUCAACAAAACACUCCUUAUCCCUGCAUACAUCGCGAUGUGCAAACGUGAGAAGCCUUUAUCUCUCGCAGAGGGCAUGACGCUCGGAAUGGAAACCGUCCUCCGCGUCGCCGAUGCACGUGAGCGUGCUCGGCAGCAAGCCGCAGAGAGCGGCAUUCGCUCGCCGACGUUCGACGACUUUGAGGAUGUACAGAUGGAAGAUAUGGUAAGGGAGGUGUUUGGCAUUCCGCCGAAACCGAUGUCGCCGGGUCGACACUCCAGAAACUCGUCCGGUGCGUUCAACAGUUUCGGCGGGACAGCCAUUCCGAAUGGCUCCAACGGUCAGAAAGUCAACGGGGAGGCAACCUCUGGCUUGAAUGGUGCUGAUCCAGCGAAUCACAAGCCAGCUGGUACUUUGCACGUAUCCACAGGCGUGACAGAGCCACCUUCAACUAAUGGCUCAACAUCCAAGGCUGAGGGCAAGCGACCACAAGCUCCGCCGAAAGAUGAUAAACCGGUCCCGGGGGGGCCGGGUAAGCCUAAUGGUGCAGGCGAUAAGUCCAAUGGCGUCACGGUAGGUGAUAAACCUAAUGGCGCAGGUGAUAAGCCUAACGGUGCAGGUAAGUAA